AUGAAAGCUUGUGGUGAAACCCUAACUGAUAAGAUGAUAGUUGAGAAUGUAAUGUGUACGUUGACCUCUCACUUUGAUCACGUUAUCGUAACCAUUCAAGAAUCUAACAAUCUUGAAACCAUGAAACUAGAAGAUUUGGUUGGUUCGUUGGAGGCACAUGAGAUGAGGUUUGUUGAAAGGAAAUGUGUUCAAGAUUCCAUACAAGCACUACAGGCUCGGACAUGGAAGAAACAUGGAAAGACAAGGGAGCGAGACAAGGUCAAGGAGGAAGGAGCAAAUCUUGUACGCCAAGAUUCAAAUGAUUCUGAAGAUAUGGUGGUUAUGGUUGCAGUUGCAGGUGACCAUGUUGACUCCAAAAUAUGGUUCCUCGACACAGGUUGCUUGAAUCACAUGACUGGUAGGAAAGUGUGGUUGGCAGAUUUCGACGAGUCGAGGAAGAGAAAGGUCAAACUUGCAGAUAAUAGCUCAUUGUAA